CUUGUAUCGGUUUGAUUUUUGAGUGCGUUAUUUAUGACUUUUUGAAUUUGGAGUAUUACAUUUAUGAUGUUACGCUUCUAAUGGCAGCCCAAAGUAACCGGAAGGGCCGAUUCAUUGUGGUACAAUGGAAAAGCAGUAAACCGAUCGACAUACCUCAGAUCGCUACAUUUGUCAAGGGAAAGUCAAAAGCAAGCCCUGAGAUACGACAUGGAGAAGUUAAGGAUUCGGCACUGUUGAUUUUCGACAAAGAAAAGGAUACUGAAUUCCUGAAAGAGCAAUGGAGGGACAGCGACUUCUGGAGGAUAACUUCACUAUUUGCCGUGGUGGAAUCCAACUCUUUACGGGUAACCAACUUGCCACAAUGCGAGCGCAGAGAAGCCCACAUCUUCUUCAACAACCCUUCCAUGCUUGGCGGACUCAGUUUUGCCGACUUAGACGUCGAUGUAAACCUCUUCCAGCCGCAUGCAGGCUCUUGUGUUGUGCAUCUUACUACUGUGGAAGAUGUCAAAAAGGCCUGUGAGAAACAAAAGAAGUUUAAAAAAUUCAAAAGUCAUCAUCAGCUGAAAAUCGAACCAUUCUAUGGGGAUAUUCAUGGUCUACAGACAGAAAUAGAAGUUGAACCAUUGAUAAUCGACAAUCUGAAUGCUCGAAAGGUUUCAUACCUGAAGGAUUUCUAUUUAGAUGAAAUAACUGAAGAUUUUAAAGACAAUUUCUGCACAAAUAUUGUCUGGGCUUUAGAUGGACUUGGUAAAAUUAAGUUUGAGUUUCAAUGUUCCCACGAUGAUCACAGAGUCAAACGCGGAAGAGAGUUUCCAGAAAAGAUACAAGCAAAAUGUCAGGAAUACUUCAACAAAAUUAUAGUUGAUGACAGAACGUUUGAUCAAGCUAAUAGCAAAGAUAUUAAAGAUGUUCUGGACCACUAUGCAGGCAGAAACGUUUAUAUUGAAGAAAUGUAUUCGGACAACAGAGUCGUGCUUGUUGGUUUGGAGGAAGAGGAAGAGUUAAAACAACUUCAGGAGAAGUUAAAUAAAAUUGAACCGCCACGACCACGCAUGACAAAGAGCAUUCCUUUUGAAAAACACAUAUUGCCAAGGCUGAUAGCUUUUAAGGAUUUGGCACUGUAUGAAGCUUUUGAAGCAGACUCUUUAGAUGUAACAGUUGACACUGAUAAAAUAACAUUGACGUUAACUGGUGUAAAGGAAGACGUGGAGAAAGCCGAAACAGAAAUCUGGGCCAUGUUGAACAGAAUUGUUGAACACCAAUUUGAAUUCCCCGAUAAAGCACACAAAGAAAUACUGACAACGAAACUGAUGACCGACAAAAUACAGGAUUGCAUCAAUGACCUAGGCACUAGGUGUGGGUUUACCACUGUCGAUGGUAAAAUAACGUUGUACGCCAGCGCAAAGGUACAGUUGGAACAAUUAGAACGAGAAAUUCUGGACCUGGUAUCUUUGGAGGAAUUGGAAUUUGAAGGAAAACUUGUUGACAAAAGGACGCUUGAAAAGAAGCUGAAGGAAAUCGAGGAAAACUUUAAACCAUAUGUAAAAAUAUCAUAUGAAAUGGCAACGAGCCUCCUUAAGGUAAAGGUUGUGAGUGGUAAGGAUUACCUGCCGUUAGUGGUUGAUAAACUCGAGAAAGAAGUAGAUGUUUUACUUCAAAGACGGGAAAAAAAUUCAUAUGUCACCGUACAUCUUGAAGUAUAUUUGUGAUAUUACUGCUAUGG